GGCCCUUUAAUUAAAAUGGCAUACCCAUCCGACAGUGGGAAGAGUUCUUAUUAAAGUGGAGUUUCUCAUUCCCAUCCAUUUUUAAUCUUUAAAUUGCCAUUGUAAUGAUCCUCUCGUGAAAGCGUUAACAACGAUAACACACACAGGACAAAAUUCCGGAAUUGUUGAAAUCAGAACCCUAGUUUCUUCGACCCUAGUUGCGGUUCAUGGCGGAUUUCGAGAAGCCCGAGGCGGGCGUCGACGGCGCCAACGAGGACGGCGCCGGGAAGUUCGCGGACGGAAUGGCGGUGUUGGAUUUCGACGUGCUCUGCUCCACGGUUGCUAUGCAGACGCAGGGGAAGUGGCGGAGAUUGGAGCAGGAUGAGGACGGCAACGGGGGAGAUUUCGGUGGGGUGCUGAGGAUGUGGGAAGGUGAAAUUCUCGACUGCUUUGAUGACCACCGGAUCGCUCUCGAAACCGCUUGUUGCCCGUGCUCCAGAUUUGGGAAGAACAUGAGACGAGCUGGUUUUGGUUCUUGUUUUAUUCAGGGAACUCUGUAUUUCAUUCUUGCCAUUGCUGCGCUUCUCAGUUGCAUUGCCUUCGUUGUUACAUGGCGACAUUGCUUUCUGUAUUUGGCAGUUGCUUUCACUAUUUCAGUCACAACAUAUUCGGGUUUUUUUCGCACACAGACUAAAAAGAAGUUCAAUAUUAGGGGUAGUGAUAAUGCUGUAGAUGAUUGUGUCUACCAUCUGAUCUGCCCCUGCUGCACGCUGUGUCAGGAGUCCAGAACAUUGGAGAUGAACAAUGUCCAAGACGGCAUCUGGCAUGGACGGGGUGACACAAUAUGUAUAGGCAGCUAUGGUGAAGGAAGCAAAGCUUUGCUUGAUCUCCACCCACCUCCCCCAAUCUCUACAAAGUCCUCCAACACAGCCAGUAUGCAGAGAAGUGCAAAUGGGAGUACUCACUCAUGGGCUUCAGAGGUUGCACAUUCUGAGACCUUGGUUCCAUCAUCGCAAUAGUUGCUGCACCACUGAAUCCCAAUUUGCCUCCUUGCCCACUCUGGGAACCAUACGCUUAUUGAAUUGCACUAGUUGUGUAUAUCUAGGAUUCACAGCUAACUGUAGAGAUGCCCGUGGUGUUGGCAACUUGGCUGAAGUUGCUACGUUCACUAGUUCACUGGAUUUGGAUUGGACAUAUUUCCGUAGUACCUGAUUGGAAAGAUCGUCAUAGUUCCACACGCACAAUUCCCGUCAUUGGGAAACUAGAAAGGCCCUGCUCUCUCUCUCUCUCUCUCUCUCUCUCUCUCUCUCUCUCGUUUUAAUGUAUAUAUGUGGGCUUUCAUUGGAAGAUCAUUAUUGUUUUCCUAUUGAUAGAAUGCAUUUUUUAGGUUCAUUCUUGUAAUUUACCUUUUUAUAUGGGGAUUUAGUUAUUGUCCAGGCCAA